AUGCCCCGAAAGUACACGCCGUAUUCGGGCGGCUGGAGUGCCUCGCUGCAGCGCGAGGUGGAAGCCAUCGAGCUGCCUCCCGAGCUCAUGUGCACGAUUUGCAAACAGCCCUGCCCGCAGGAAACCUUUUCGAAGAGUCAACUCAUCGCCCUGCGCAACGCCGUCGCGGCCAAGGGCUACCAGUUCUUGAAGCAGCAGGACAUUGCCAAGUGUACCCCCUGCGCCAGUUCUGUGAUUUGCGAGCGCAAGUGCCACCUCUGUGGUCGUUUUCAGGGCAUCGACGACUUCUCCCGGAACCAGCGGAUGCGCGAACACCCAAUCUGCUUCCGUUGCAUGAGCUUCAGCCACGCUGACGAGGUUGAGACCCUCGAAGCUGCCAUCGAUUCUGCGCCCCAGCGUGACAGUGCCACCGACGACACGCACUCCAGGACUCAGAAUCUGCUUGAAGAGAGCACUGACUAUGAUGACAACAAGUCCAUGGCCCUCGUGCUGCAGGGCAGCAACCGCAGCGUCCAGACCACCGAGACGGGUACGACCUAUUCGGAGCGAUCGGAGAGCCACGCCAGCAAGUCAGGGUUUGCGCGGAUCAAGGCCUACAAACCGCCCAAGGAGGAGCGCGCCCCCGUCGCCGAGCCGGAGUGGUCUGAUUGCCACGGCAUGGAGGAGGAUAUGGGUGAUGCGCUGGAAACUUCGAUGAAGGCGUUUGACUACCUUUGA